GCUCCAGAUCCACCCGGGGAGGCCGUCGCUGCUCAGCCAAAACCUGCGCACGCGCAGAGCGUCAACCAACGCCCGGGAGUUCAGGCGCGGCUUUGGUGGCGCGUUUUAGCGAAGUCGCACGUGAAAGAUAGCGGUGGCCGGAGAUCGGUCCAGUCAUGGCAGGCUCAGGCACCUGUUCACCAUGGGGCAAGCAUCUGCUCAGAGCCAUCCCAAUGGUCCUCGUGGGCCUAACUCUUCUCCAUUCAGCAUCAUCCCAGUCCCAUCGAGACUUUGCCCCACCUGGCCAGCAGAGAAGAGAGGCCUCAGCUGACCUGCUGACCCAGAUUGGCCGGUCUCUGUGGGAGAUACUGGAUACCUGGCUGGGGCCUGAGACCAUGCACUUGGUUUCAGAGAGCCUGUCACAGGUGAUGUGGGCCGUCUCCUCUGCCAUCUCUGUGGCCUGCUUUGCCCUGUCUGGGAUCUCCACACAGCUGUUGAAUGCCUUGGGCCUGGAUGGUGACCACCUCACCCAAUUCUUGAAGCUCAGUCCUAGCCAAGUCCAGACCUUCCUGCUGUGGGGAGCAGGGGCCCUGGUCACCUACUGGCUGUUGUCCCUGCUCCUUGGCUUGGUCUUGGCCGUGUUGGGGCGGAUCCUGGGAGGUCUGAAGCUUGUCAUCUUCCUGGCGGGUUUUGUGGCCCUGGUGAGGUCAGUGCCUGACCCUUCCACCCGGGCCUUGCUACUCCUGGCCCUGCUAACUCUCUACGCCUUGCUGAGCCGGCUCACUGGCUCCCGGGCCUCAGGGGCCCAACUGGAGGCCAAAAUACGAGGGCUGGAGCGCCAGGUGGAAGAGCUGCGCUGGCGGCAGAGGCGAGUGGCCAAGGCCUCCCGGAAUGUGGAAGAAGAGUGACAAGGAUGUCCCCAGAUGCCACCUUCACCAUACCAAAGAGCUGAGCUGCUUCCGGGCUGAAUGGCCCUCCUUGCAGCCCCCCCCAUGCCCUUUCCUUGCCUUUGUGUCUGAACCUUCAGAAUCUUUAUCCCUGCCUAGCCCCUUGCUGAAAGGGCUGGUCCUCCACAUGAGGCUGGCUGGCUGGGGGUGGGUUUCUGCCCACUCUCUCCUUCCAGCCUGUCUCAGCACAG